AAGAGAAAAAGAUGGAUGUCCACCCGAUAACCCUUCCUGACCAGCUCGUUUUUCAUUGCAGGAUGUUCUGGAAGCUCUCGCUGACCUUGCUCCUGGUGGCUGUGCUGGUCAAGGUAGCCGAAACACGGAAGAACCGGCCUGCGGGCGCCAUCCCCUCGCCUUACAAGGAUGGUAGCACCAACAACUCAGAGAGAUGGCAUCACCAGAUCAAGGAGGUGCUGGCCUCCAGCCAGGAGGCCCUGGUGGUCACCGAGCGCAAGUACCUGAAGAGUGACUGGUGCAAGACGCAGCCGCUGCGGCAGACGGUGAGCGAGGAGGGUUGCCGCAGCCGCACCAUCCUCAACCGCUUCUGCUAUGGCCAGUGCAACUCCUUCUACAUCCCGCGACACGUGAAAAAGGAGGAGGACUCCUUCCAAUCCUGCGCUUUCUGCAAGCCCCAGCGUGUCACCUCGGUCAUCGUGGAGCUCGAAUGCCCGGGUCUCGAUCCACCUUUCCGAAUCAAGAAGAUCCAGAAGGUGAAGCAUUGCCGGUGCAUGUCCGUGAACCUGAGUGACUCUGACAAGCAGUGAACUCACCGCGGCAGGAUGCAAGCUCAGCCUUGAGCACCCUUCCCCCUGGGUUGCACCACAGCCACUUCUGUUGAGCUCACUCACACUCUGCCCGGUGUCCCUGUCAGCAGCAAAUGCAUCUCUUAGGGCUAACAGCGUCCUUGUCACAAAAACGGACCACAAGUGAAGCUUUGUCGACGUGUCCCCGAUCCACCCCAGGCUACACUUGUGUCUCCAAAUCCAUGUUUUGCGGAUUGGACACAGAAGAUGUUGGUAAACUCCACUCCCAGAAACUCGACAGGACUUUUCAGGAGAUGCACUGCCAUCCGGGAUUGACGUUUCCACCAUGUGGAAAAGCCAGUCUUUCCCUGGCCACAUCCUACACUCCAGCUUGACCCUUCCCUGGUGAAGGAUGCAUGACUCUUCUGUUGCAAACUUUUGUUGGCCACCAGACCUCUGUGGUGUGGGCAUUCGUUUUUCUGACCUGGGAGCUGCCCAGCUCUGCCGCUGCUGUAAUGCCGAUGCGGGCAGCAUCUCUAAAGGAGAUGCUCACCUGCAAGGGGUCCCGGAAUAAGCUUGGUACCCAUGAGGACAAGCCGAGCUAAGUGGAUCAGAAAAUGGACUUCCCUAGGAACUGUACUGAGCAGGCAAGACUCCCCACACCUCUGGACACCACCAUGUCUUUUUUCCUCCUCAUAGACCCUAUCUGAAGCUCAAGAUAAACUCUGGUGCGCAUGCUAUUCCCGCUGCCAUGGUAUCACUCACAAGGUUUCUGUAUUAAUGUCAGUUUUAUAAUUGACCUAUCACGUUAAAAAAAAAAACAGUUAAAAGUAUUAUCAACAUAUUCAUAUAUCAAGUCACGUGUUUGGACUCUAGCUUUGCUGCACCAUUCUGAAUAGGGAGUAUAAGCAUGGAGUGAUCUGUGGAAAAACUGCCAGGUCAGCAAUUCACUGCCCCCCCAUCCCCAAACCCCCCCACACACACACUUUUUUCCAGAUUGAGCAGGGAGGUGGGACACGUCAUGAUUUUACUUUUAAUACAUCACAGAAGACACUAAAUAAAGCUUUGUCACAUAGUGUAGAAAUCGGAUUAGGACAGAUGGCACAUACAGAGGAGUCACUAGGAAGCUGUAAAUCUUGAAAGAUGAGAUGAGACCUGGUACUGUUUUCACUGCCAUUACACAAAGCAAACAAAUAUUUUCUAUUAAAUGAUACGGAAGAAUAUACGGUAUGGAGACUUUUUUUUGACACAGGCAGAAAUAUAGAGCAAAUAUAGAGGGUAGUAAUGUAGGUGAACUGUCCCUCAGAGGACAGCUUCCUUUACAAAGAGUAGACCCCUAAAAAUACCAAGAAACAUUUCAGUCAUCUUCAGUUUUGCUGAGGAGUUGUUGAAGUCUCUGUAGUGUGGUCUUUUGACGUGAGGACUUUAAAUUAUUUAUUUUCCUUCAAAAUUACACUCAAGUUCUCUUUGUGCAAUUUUUCCCGGGGAGGCCUCCCUGUGCAUGGCAUGUACGGAAUCUGACAAAUGUGAAUGAGAAGCCAUUGGUGGGAAUCAGAAUAUGCUCAAACCCUUGGGUUGAUCAUUUCUGAGUCCACGCUCUUGCCAAGAACGGGUUUCCUAGUAUGUGAGAGAGACGAUCCGUAAGCUGGUGGAGACUCAAGCUUCGGGGUACUUAGCAAUGAUGUUGGCUCUCCAGUCCGCCACUCGGAGAAGGAGGGUUGUGAUGAGCUGGGGAGGGUGUGUCAUGAAGCCUUUUGCCUGGAUUGCAAUGCAGGUUUUCUAGUUUAGUUACAUCUGCCACACAGUGACCCCAAGUAUAGAGUGUGUGGUUUUGAAGGGGAUGUUAGCUUCAGAAAUGAGAGUGCCCAGCCUGGGAACAGGAGAGAGAAAGGAGGGGAAGUGGAAAAAAAAAUCACAGAGGGCUAGAAACCCCAGGGAUGAGGGCAAAAAGUGAAGAGGGGGCCAGAAGUCAGAGCUACAGUUUUACACUUUUAGCAGAAAAGGUCAAGCGAGAGCCAGAGCAGAACAUGCAGCAGAAAAGCUGUGAAGGAGAUUAUGAGUGUCCUUAAUGGAGGAUGAUAACGUGUAACCAGAGGCUGAGGAGAAGAUUCUCACACCCAGCUGCAAAGCCAGCCCAUGUUAUUCUAUUAAUGGGACCCACACAUUAACAGGAAAAGUUAAGUUAGGAACCCACAAAGUAUAUACGUGAGCACUCUUUUUUGAUCCCAAUCGUGGGUGUACCCAUGAAGGCUAUAUGAUAUGCUAUGGUCUGAGGCUGUUUCUUGGCUUAUUGUAUGUAUACAGUUUACCUUUGAAUGGCUCAAAUUGUAUUUAAAUUUUGUCUUGUUUAUAAAUGAAGAAAAGCUAUAAGUAUAAUGUAAUUAUUUUAUAGGUAUACUAUUAAGUUAUAGAACAAAUAAAGAUACUCUAGGAUUCUAUGUGAUCCUGGCAUCAUGUGCCAUAAAAGCUGAAUUCUGCACUUGUAUCCUUGGGUAGCAAAGGAUUGUGGUGCACCCAGAGUGCAUUUAUCCAGCCUCUGGGAGUUCACCCUUGGCUCCUAUCACAAACGUUCCUUGGGGGCUUGAGAUCUUCUAAGAGAACCAGAAACAGGCAUCAAGCAAGCAGAUCUGAUGGGGAUGGUUCUCACAUCCAGUCCAUAGGAACUUCAAGCCUUUUUUUGAGACACCCACCAGUUGAAUCCAGAAUGUACUCACAGUGUUCUUGGAAGAAGAGAUAUUGAAUGAGAAAGCUUUGCACGAAAGAUGCAAAGAGAAGUCCACUGUCAGUUUCCUCUUCUCUCCUGUAGCCAGUGCACCACACUCAUGUCUUACAGAAGCCAGAAAUUGUGUUGUUUGGUUUCAUUCUAUGUUUACUUUCCACGGGUUUCGACAUUUAUUAAUUUAAACACAUCUCGGCCUCACAGUGUUGUCAUUUUCCUGCAAACUGAGUUAUCUGCCAUUUAAGACAUGCAACAAUCAAUAAAAGAAAUAAAAACCUUGAUAAAAUU